ACGACCUCGAGUGUUCGCCACUUUUAGUGCGUUCUGGACUGUGCACCAGAUCGGUGAGUCCGGUCAGGGGGCUGCUGUCACUCACACCGUAGUUGAUCUCGGGUUCACGUGCUUGUGGGGGCCGAUCUUAGGCCUUGUGGAAAAAGUGCGGUUUCAUGUCUUAGGGAAGACCGAAGGGACACCCUCGAGAGGGUGGGGGAGCGUGGCGCACAGGUGCAGUUCGUAGGCCUUGUGUGUUCGGAAGACACUUGUCGUAAUCUGGUCGAUCAUACGGAGCGAGCAGGAUGACAAUGGAAGAUCGUACGGGUGGGAUCGACCGCGCCGCCUCUGCGACGUCGACGCCGGCCACGACGGCACUGACGUCGUCGUCGUGUCCCGCGUCCAUCAGCGACGUCACGCACGACGCUUCGUAUCCCCUUCAACGGGCCAGUAAACGCUCCUUCGACGUCGCCUUCUUGGUAGCGCCUGACGAGAAUUUGGCGCGUCGUCAGAGCGAGAAACUGAGGCUAGUGUCCAGCCGGAGGGACCGUCCGCGAGAAGACGUCUCUAUGGACAAUGUCUUGGACAACGAUCGGUUACCGCAGAAUCUCACUAUCAAGCAUUACGACAACGACUCCGGCGGUGCGGACAGAAGAAGACUAGCGCAUUGCACAGAAAACUCGCUAAGUCCACCGUAUGUAUCUCCGAGGACGCUGACGCCGACCUUGCCCCGGCUCUCUCCGGAUUCCGACGGCAGAAGAUACUCGUCAACCGGUCGACUUCAAAAAACCCCAAGUCCACCCACCUUCGCCGGUCAUCAAUCUAUAUUAACCAACUGCCCGGAAUCAGCGGAUUCUUCGAUUCUAGCUUGUGCGAAAGUCUACGAGAGUGGUAUUCCCUGCGCGACCGACCGCCACGGAGAGUCCCGCAGUGCCUUUACGAAGGUCAAUCUAGCGGCCCAGCGGAACGGCUUUAAUGAGGAUGGACAGACCUCGCCCAGGUCAUCGAUAUCGCCCGAGGACCGAGCGAGCUAUCAGAGCAGCGUCAGUCCACCAGUGGUAUCCUUGCCGGGUGCAACGAGCUACAAGUAUGCGCCAUUUCCCACUAAGAUGGCAUAUCCUUUUCUGAUGGGAUCGGAGGCUGCUCAGACCGGCUUGCUGGAGAACCUGAAGAUCCCACAAAUCGCUCAACCGCCCAAGGUGCCCAGUCCGAAGGUGCCUACCUUUCGACCGGAUCUACCGCCGGUCUAUCCGAACUUAUCUUACAAUCCCAUCUCGGUAUUCCCGCCGAUGGCGGACGCCCUUGCCAGGCCAAGAUUUUUAGCGACCGCCGCGGGAGUGGCCGGUCUUUUACCACCAUCGCUUGCUGCUUUGACACUACCGGCGCAAAAUGUCUGCGCCAAGUGCAAUCUGUCAUUCCGUAUGACCUCCGACUUGGUCUACCACAUGAGGUCUCACCACAAGAACGAGAACACGGGCGAAGCGGCAAGGAGAAGGAGAGAAGAGAAGCUCAGAUGUCCCGUCUGCGACGAGAGCUUUCGCGAGAGACACCACCUCACUAGACACAUGACUGCUCAUCAGGAUAAGGAGAGCGACGGCAUCGUUGAGCAAGUCGAGAUUAAGAGGAGGACUACUCCUGUUCAUAGUAAGUGACGACGAAAACUGCCGUCCGAAAACGAUUUACUAACGGCUGGAUAUUCCUUCGAGAACUGAACCCCGGAAAUGACGGAGGGAA